CUCUGUAAAAGCUUUUACAAACUUUCUCUUCACAUACCCAACAUAACACAUCAAAGCUAUUAAACCAACCAGGCCAACAAGUAACUAGAGACUAAAACCCCCCCAUCUCUUUCUCUCUCUUUCUCUCUUUUCUCUCUCAUGUCCAUGGAUUUCCAUCUGAAGCAAUGGAGAAACCAGCAUGAGUCAGAAGAAGCACCUUCUGGAAAGAUGCCUAGACUUCUCCUUGAUCAACAACCAUCUGGGUCUGCUCUUCCAUUGUUUGUACCUGAACCCAACAGCAAGAUCAGCAACCUGUCAGCAUUUCCAGAUUCAACAACAACUGCUACCAGAUUUUCCAAAACUGGAGGAAGUUACUUCAGCUUGGCCCAGUGGCAGGAACUUGAGCUGCAGGCUUUGAUCUUCAGGCACAUGUUAGCUGGUGCUGCUGUGCCUCCUGAACUCCUCCAGCUAAUCAAGAAAAGCCUUCUUAACCCUCCUCCAUACUACCUCCAGCACCCUCUUCAACAUUACCAGCAUUAUCAGCCUGCUUUGUUGCAAUCAGGGUACUGGGGAAGAGCUGCAAUGGAUCCGGAGCCCGGGCGUUGCCGAAGAACAGACGGUAAAAAAUGGAGGUGCUCAAGGGACGUGGUAACUGGUCAGAAGUACUGCGAGCGCCACAUGCACCGUGGCCGAAACCGUUCAAGAAAGCCUGUGGAAAUCCCCACACCCGCUGCCGCGGGUGGUGGUGGUGGUGCUGCUGCUGCUGUUGCUUCUGUUGGGGCCCUCAAAUCCACUACUGCUGCCAUCGCUGUUCAGCCCUUAACGACCGUGGCUGGUGGGACUCAUUUCGCACUUUCCGGGCCACCGCCUUCCAUUGAUCUGUUGCACCUCAAUCGGAGCCCCCCAGAACCAAAAACUGAAAACAAGGGUCUUUUUGAGCAUCAAACUGAGAAUGUUUCUGGGGAUGGUAGAUCUGAUGGACGAGUCCUACGGCAUUUUUUUGACGAUUGGCCAAGAUCAAUCCAAGAACCUGACAAUGCCACCAAUGGAAGCAAUAACAGGCAGGCAACCUCUUCCACAUACCUCUCCAUGUCCAUUCUUGGGCACCACUCAUCCGACGUGUCGUUGAAACUGUCCACUGGUAACGGAGAUGAGCAAAGCCCCCAAGAUGUAAAUGCUGAGAGGGAGAGGCCCCAACUAAAUUGGGCUGCAGGUUGGGGGACACACCAGUCGGCCCAAAUGGGGGGACCCCUUGCUGAGGCGCUGAGGUCCGCAACAUCCAAUUCAUCACCAACCAGCGUUCUACAUCAGUUGCCUCGGGCCACAGCCUCAGAUACUAGCUAUGUUAGCACCUAAACUUUGUUGCCGAUCCCUUCAUUCAUUUCAGAAGGGAUGGUUUUCCUCUUUAUUUUAUUUAUUUUUUGUUUUCUUUAAAAAAAAAUCUUCCUUCUUUGUUGUGAAACACAAUUAAUCAUCCCUUGUAUAAAUUGAACGAUUCUGCUUUUUAUUGCAUAUGAUUUAUUGUGUGCCA